GCUGACUCCAACCUGCCUACGUUGAAAUCAAUGAAGCUCUUCACUGUUGUUGCGUGCAACAUGUUAUGUGUUCCGAUUGAUGAAAAUCGAGCUGUUCAGGAAUUUUUUAAUUAUGUCUGACGCAUGUUGAUCAAGAGGGUCCGCAAUCUGAUAUUCAAGGCGUCAAUUUCGAUUGGCGGAGACUGGUGGAGAAGUUGUGGAAUUUAGUCUGGCACUUGUAAAGCUCGUAAUCCUGUAAUGUGGCUGAAUCUGUUGAGGGUUACGCGGUGUUGAUGCGUGAGUUGAGAGUUCAGAAGCUGUGAAGUUUUUUUCUGGGUUGCGCGAGGUCCCCACCUGAUGAUGUUGUAGGGCGCAGGGAAGUAGUAUCAGUGAGGCAAAUAUGGGGCACGAGUAUGAUGUUCAACCGUCGGUAGAAUCAGAAUCAGCGGCCUUGCUUGAGGAGAGAGAAAAAGCAGCAAGUUCAGAUUCCGACACAGAAACCAAGGUCCAAAACCAACAAGAUCACGAGAGACCCAUUGCACCAGCUAGUAAAGUUGAUGCUUCCGAGACGGCUAAGCAUGAGACAACUGAAGAGGGAGACAUUUUGGAAGAAAGAGAUGAAUCAUUGCCACCAAGGGUGAAAUCGGAGAAAGUAUUAAUCAAAGAGGGCGUCAGUAAGCAAGUCAUCAAAGAAGGGCAGGGUGACGGGCCGCCUCCUAGGCAUUCAAGCUGCUUUGUGCACUAUCGAGCAUGGACAGCGAGCACAAUGCACAAGUUUGAUGAUACUUGGAAUGAGCAACAACCCCAAGAGCUUAGGCUUGGUCAUGAGAAGAAAGUGCUCAAAGGGCUUGCUAUAGGAGUGGGCAGCAUGAAAAUAGGUGAACGCGCUCUACUUCAUAUCAGCUACAAUCUUGCAUACGGCAAGGAGGGCAGCUUUUCCUUUCCCAAUGUGCCCCCCAUGGCAGAUGUCCUGUACGAGGUGGAGCUCAUAGGUUACCAAGAACCUCGAGAGGGAAGAGUGCCAGGUGAGAUGGUAGUAGAGGAGCGCAUCGAGGCAGCGGAUCGCCGGAGAGUGGAUGGAAACGAGUUAUUCAAGGAAGGGAAAAUUGCCGAAGCCAUGCAGCAAUAUGAAAUGGCACUCGCUUACAUGGGUGAUGACUUCAUGUUUCAACUCUUUGGCAAGUACCACGACAUGGCCAUUGCAGUAAAAAAUCCGUGUCAUCUCAACCUUGCUAUGUGUAUGCUCAAAAUACACCGCUUUGAGGAAGCCAUCGGUCACUGCUCUGUGGUGCUUGCUGAAGAUCCGAAGAACACCAAAGCCUUAUUUCGUCGCGGGAAAGCACGUGCUGAGUUAGGGCAAACCGAUGCAGCUAAGGGAGACUUUGAGAAGGCUCGACAGCUAGAGCCAGACAACAAGGACGUGAUUCGCGAGUUGCGCUUGAUUGCAAAGCAAGAACGUGAGCUCUAUGAUAAACAACGAGAGAUGUACAAGGGCCUCUUCAAACCGCCCCCUACUACCACUACUUCACAGAGCAGUGCGACGCAUUGGUAUUCAAAGGUUUGGCAGUGGAUUGCACCCCUCUUCCGAAUCUUUUCCAAGCUUCAACGGUCCAAAGAGGAAUGAUCGUCUUUAAUCAUCGCACCUGCUCUUUCCUUUCCUCUUCAACAAGCAGAAUCAUGGCGCUGUAGGGUGUUCAGUUUCCUAAUUCUUCUCAGAAAACACUGCAGGACGCGUCAAGUAGGCACAAUCCUGUGGGUACAAAAGAUAUUGAGGUGUAAUACUUCUAGAUUACAGCAUGAGUUAGCCUUUUGAGUGCUUGUCAUUCACUGAACUAGAAUUACGAGAAAAGCUACAAGAAUAACAGUUUUUGCAGAUUUUAGUUGCUCCAUGUUUUCUUGAACUGUUCCGUGACGACAAGGUGAAACAAGUGCGUGGCUAGAAGACGGAACAAACUGCCUUAUUUGUCACACGAAACCGUCGAGUGGUAAGCUGACUCAUAUUCGUAGUAUUGAAAUGGGCCUGAAUUGGUCUGCUAUCUACUCAUCCUGCUCUGCUUGGCCAACGAGAGCAUGAACAUUGUUUUCCAGUUUCUGGUUGUAAGCAUGGAACGUUCUCAAAUUUGAGUAUCCACUAGUCUUGUACUACUCCUAGCCUGCUCCUUUUCUACAGGGUAACCCAGAGUAGAAGACUGGAGCUUCUUCGCUUGUGGGGCUUUCGUUUCCCGAGAUAAACUUGGUAAAGUGGAUGCGUAACAAUGUGUAGGA